AUGUGCACCCUCGCCAUCACAUUCAAGGGCGAUCCAGCGUCGACAAGCAAGACACCCCCGAACAACCAAGAACCAGGGCGCCAGCCGAAGUUCGGACAACCAGAAGCGGUACAGAUCGAUCACACUCCGCACGCGACAUGCUCAGUGACGAUGAGCGCGAGCGCCGACCUCUGGCACCGGCGCCUCGGCCACAUCGAUCCAAGUGCUAUGGAGACUUUGCGGCGCAACCCCGCUACAGGCCAACUCGUCCAGUUCGACAACAUGGGACCAAUCGACCCGCCUGCGAAGUACAACGGACGUACCUACUCCUACGUCCCCAAAGCGACCGACGUCCUUACCAGAAUGCGGGAAGUGUACCUACUGCGCGACAGGACCCAAAACACGCAAGCUCUGCACGCCUACAACAUGCAAGUAGCAUCUGAAGGCUACCGCAUCGAGGAGUCUGCGAUCAAGCUGGAAUUCGCCGCGACCAACACGCCCCAAGAAAUCGGAGUGUCAGAAAGGGAUGGCCAGACACUUGCGGCUGUGACUCGAGCUCUACUGCGCGAUGGAGACUUCCCAAAACACGUGUGGGGGGAGCUCAUGACGACUGCAGCAUACCUGACCAACAAGACCCCACACGCGGAGCUAGGGGGAGCCACGCCGUAUUCCAAGAUGUACAACACAACCCCGGACCUUUCUCGACUUCGUGCCAUCGGCGCCCGCUCCAAGACGUACCGGAUCUACGUGGAGGGCAAAGACAAGGACGUGAUGAACUUCAUGUCAUUGCUCGAACGUGGUACCUCUACGGGCGACGAAGACAACAAAGUGGACUACGGAAAUCAAUCAGAGCUCCUACUGCACGAGAAGCGCAACAUGCAGCAAGACAACAUCAGCCGAGCAGAACUUCGCCAAAACAACGCGGGCAUGGAUUCCGACAACUACUUUGCUGCUGGGGGAGCUGACAGCAACAACAACCCGCGGACUACGACACCAUCCAGGACAUCGCAAGGACCCUACGCGAGAGAUACCCUACAGCGAUACGGAAUGGAACAGGCAAACCCGGUCAGCACCCCCGGGUAUGGAGCAGAACUAUCAACCGAGCAGCCACAAGACCAACAACUCGAACCCGAGGACAAGCACAGAUUCCAGGCCAUCACCGGGAGUCUCCUGUACCUUGCCCAAUGCACCCGCUACGAUCUGUCAUACGCAGUGCACCAACUGACACGGGCAUGCGCAAACCCAGCACAGGUCCACAUGGCUGCGGCCAAGCACCUACUACGGUACCUACGCGGAACGCCGGGCCUGCCGAUCGUGUACAAGAAGGGGCAGUUCAGACUCUCGUGCUUCACUGAAUCGUCAUUUGGAGCCAACCCAGACAACGGCAGGUCUACAACCGGAUACAUGUUCUUCCUAGGAGGGGGACUGAUCAGCUACGGAGCCAAGGCACAGACUCUCGCAGCACAGAACACCGUGGAGGCCGAACUUCAAGCGCUGGGCUUCAGUGCUCGUGAGGCAGUCUACAUCUCCAACUUUAUGACGGAAAUUGGAUUCAAGACCUUUCGAUCGGUACCCAUCAACAGCGACAGCACCGGAGCAUUGACUGUGGCCAGCAACGCGAUGUUCAGCUCUAGAACCAAGCACAUCGCGCUCCGGUUCUUCUUCCCCAGGGAACUCACGAAGGGGCACCGGAUCACUCUUCACCAACCCAGUGCCACAAUGUUGGCGGACAUCGCGACGAAACAUCGCCCGAAGCAGCGAUUCACCACCAUCAUGCAACUCAUCAAGGACUACAAGUGCUAGAAGAUAUCAAGCACAAGAUCGCAUAGUAUGGUUGGAUGUUUUGAACGCGUGUACUGCUCACAGGAUGGAUUCACUCCUGUGGACGUCGAUAUUCUUCGAUAUGGAUUGGGAAUUGAGGGGUCGCAAAAAUUGGCAGCGAAGUGAAGUUUUGAAAUUNUUCACCACCAUCAUGCAACUCAUCAAGGACUACAAGUGCUAGAAGAUAUCAAGCACAAGAUCGCAUAGUAUGGUUGGAUGUUUUGAACGCGUGUACUGCUCACAGGAUGGAUUCACUCCUGUGGACGUCGAUAUUCUUCGAUAUGGAUUGGGAAUUGAGGGGUCGCAAAAAUUGGCAGCGAAGUGAAGUUUUGAAAUUACUCGCCUAAUCGAGGGGUCGUGUCGAGGAAAACUGUUACAACGUAGUCAGGCACAGUUUACCAUAGGUGCGACUGCGGCAACUAGCCUUCCGUAGACAUAAUACAGAAAGAGGAGAUGGUACUUAGCAAAGAACAUGAGCACAGAGUUGUAGCGGAGAUAAUUUGGGAGGCGAGACUGUAGCCGUUUUAUUUUUCCGAACCCUGAAAUUCCGGUACUCGGGCCAAUACCCCGGACACCCUCGGACGGAAAUUGCUGUGUUUGCUGCUUGUUUUUGGUUUUGUUACUGAGCUNAGAACAUGAGCACAGAGUUGUAGCGGAGAUAAUUUGGGAGGCGAGACUGUAGCCGUUUUAUUUUUCCGAACCCUGAAAUUCCGGUACUCGGGCCAAUACCCCGGACACCCUCGGACGGAAAUUGCUGUGUUUGCUGCUUGUUUUUGGUUUUGUUACUGAGCUGAGACACAAGCGCGCCUUCGCCCCUUGUGCUCACUCUCAUCUUGCACCCAUCAAAGCCUGACCAGGGAGUCAGUUGAUAAGAAAAUCUAUCUACAUUUCUCUUUCCGAGGCUCGCUCGGGCCUACCGAUCUCACAGCAGUGUAGACUAACCUCUGUGAUAGAGCGGUGAAAGCAGUGUAAACUCUGUGGUAGACUACAAAGUCUACGAGCUACAGCAGCACGCCACAUUUUCUCCUCGCUAGACUC